AUGAAACAGCAAGGGUACAUUUGUAUAAAGAUUUUCCAAAACACUAUACUUGGAAUGGAAGCACACGCCGUUGGAGUCGUCGUUUCGGUAAAAAAACAAAGAGGUCGUAUCGUUUCCGCUAAUCCAGCCGAAGGAGAAAGGUACUACUUACGCCUACUUUUGUCAAAUGUCAGAGGGCCUACUUCUUUCGAACAUCUUUGCACAGUUAAUGGUCAACGGUGUGCGACAUUUCGGAAAGCAGCUCUUGAGUUAGGCUUAAUAGAAGACGAUGAAUAUCUAUCACAAUGUCUCGAAGAAGCCUCUACGUUUCAGUUUCCCAAUGCUCUUAGAAGGUUAUUUGCGACCAUAAUGAUUUUUUGCGAACCUGGAGAUGUUCGAAAGUUAUGGAAUGACCACUUUGAUUCACUAUCUGAAGAUCAUCGGUUACACUGUCAAAGUAUAGAACGAGUUCAAAAUAUGGUUCUUACCGAAAUAAGUGUCUUGGUACAAUCCAUGGGUAAAAAUUUCAAUGAAUUCGACCUUCCUAAGAUAACUGACGAUGUUAACUUACAAGAUGCAGGUUAUCGUGAGUUACAAGAAGAGUAUGGGAUUGUUUUGGAACCUGAACACUUGAGUGCCAAACAUUCACUUAAUCCGGACCAAAAAAAUGUGUUUGAUGAGAUCAUGAUGCAUGUUGAUAAUGAUCUUCCAGGCGUGUUCUUUAUUGAUGGUCCAGGUGGAACUGGAAAAACAUUUUUGUACAUUGCCUUGCUUGCUGAAAUUCGGUCACGUGGUCUUAUUGCUCUCGCAACAGCUUCAUCAGGUGCAGCGGCUAAUAAUAUGCCAGGAGGUAGAACGGCUCACUCGAGAUUCAAGAUUCCUCUUAAUCUUGAAAAUAAUUCAAUGUGCAAUAUUAAAAAACAGAGUGGGGCCGCUAAACUGAUUUGCUCUGCCAAAAUAAUCAUAUGGGAUGAAGCGUCGAUGGCUAAACGACAAGCGAUAGAGGCAGUCGAUCGUACAUUCCAAGACAUUAUAGGUGUUAGUCUCCCAUUUGGUGGAAAGAUAAUGGUUAUGGGAGGUGACUUCAGACAGGUGUUGCCGGUUAUCAAACGUGGCACUCGAGCACAGAUUGUAGACUCCAGCGUACGAAUGUCACCUAUUUGGUCUUUGACUAAGAAGAUGCGGUUGACCAUAAAUAUGAGAGCGCUGAAAGAUCCAUGGUUUUCUAAAUUUCUUUUAAGAGUCGGCGAUGGAACUGAAGAACCAAUCGAAGGAAACUAUAUCCGCAUACCCGAUGACAUGACAAUUCAGUGCAACAACAAAGAAAACGCUAUAAAAGAAUUGAUCCAUGCCAUCUUUCCAUCAAUUGAAGAUAAUGUAUAUUCUUCAGAUUAUAUAAUCUCUAGAGCAAUAUUGUCCACUAAAAAUGAUAGUGUUGACGAGAUUAAUAAUCAAAUGAUUGAAAUUUUUCAAGGGGAGGAAAAAGUUUAUUACAGUUUUGAUGAAGCUGAAGACGAUCAGCGCAACUUCUAUCCGGUCGAGUUCUUAAAUUCGCUAAAUGUUAGUGGAUUGCCGCCUCAUAAGCUUCAUUUAAAAAUUGGAUGCCCAAUAAUAUUGUUACGUAAUAUCGAUCCAUCACAUGGCCUGUGUAAUGGCACGCGGUUGAUAUGUAAGGGUUUCAUGCGAAAUGUUAUUGAUGCGGAAAUUGCAGUUGGUCAACAUGCCGGAAAAAGAGUUUUUUUGCCAAGAAUCCCUCUAACCCUUUCUGAAGAUGACAUGUUCCCAUUCAAGCUGAAAAGAAAACAAUUUCCAAUUCGACUUAGCUUUUCCAUGACGAUUAAUAAAGCUCAAGGUCAAACAAUUCCGAACGUUGGUAUUUAUCUACCGGAUUCUGUAUUUUCACAUGGACAACUUUAUGUCGCGUUAUCAAGAGGGAUUUCAAGACAAAGUACGAAGGUGUUGGUACAUCUCGCCAAAGAAUUCAAACAACGCGGAGUUUACACAUCAAAUGUUGUCUACCAGGAAGUGUUGCGUGAUUAA